AUGAAAAAGUUCUUCUCACGCUUCUCCGCGGCUGGUCCCGUCACGCCCGCAAAGCCAAGCCAGGAGCCAAGCUUCGACCGCUCCGAAAAGCACGACCUCUUUUCGCCUGCCGUCAAGGCAGCGCCUGCCAUCGCUUCGCCGUUCAAUUCCACCGGCCGAACAAGAGCCCUUGUCGCCAAGUUCGAGGGUGUGGCUGCUCCUCCGCAGUCUGAGACCGCCAGCACGUCGACAGCUCCUCAACUUGCGAUACCUGUCCCCACCCCAGAUCUUCCCAUUGCCGGUCACGCUCACCCUCCGCUUCAACCAUCCUCAUCGUCCGGCCUCGGCACCGCCUCUGUACCAAAACGUAUCCCCGGCUCCAGUCUACCGGCUUCAGAGGACCUGGCAUCGCGAACCCAAACCUUUCAAUCCGAGACCGCCUUCGACCCUCCUGGUUCUGCAUCUGUAGCAGCAAGGACGGACUUUACGGAGGUCAGCUCGAAUGGACAAAAUGCACAUGCGAUCAAGACGGUUGCUUUCGCUCCUUCGCCUCAGAAGCAGCGGUCCACGUCGCCGGCACACAUCGGCACCUCGCACCGUACAGCAGCGUCACAGCCCUUGUCUCGCACCAACUCCAACGACACCAACGUUUUCGCUACGCCGGGCAACUUCGCUCGGCCAACGGCUGCCAGCCAGGCAAGAGCACGCACCUGGACAAGAUCGGCUUCCAGCGAUACCAGUCACCCACCCGCCCCGACUGUCUCGACCAAUCUCCGUGACAGAGGUACGUCAGUCCAAACACGAUCAUCUAAAUCCAGGAUUUCUUCGUCGAUGCGCUCGACCUCUCGUCGCAGCUACUCCUAUUCGAGCACUCCCGUCUCCCGCGAUGGAGGCGCUUUACUGGCUUCCUCAGCUCUGAGCAGUACCGGCAGCCAGGGCCAGAGCCAGAACACCGACGCGUCAUCACGGCCCGUGGCUCGAGGGAGCUCCUUCGACUUGGCACCAGGCAUCAGCGCGUCUCCUAUCGCCAGCAUCGACUCGCACUCGCCUGCAACGGGCCCCUUGCAGUUUCCCACACGCACAUCGCUAUCCAUGCGCAAAAGCUACUCUGGUUCCAACAGCAGCCGCCCUACAAGUCGCCGCAACAGCGUCGAUCCACACUCUCCGACUGCCCCCGGCGAACCAGUCAUCUUUCCUCCCUCCGCCAGCCCAGCUCUUCGACCUUUCGGUUUCCCGACAUGGAGCGAGAUGACCAACGAGGAGCUUGUCCGUAAUCUUGGCCCGCGCGAGCGAACACGACAGGAAGUGCUGUGGGAGAUCGUGGCGAGCGAGGAGCGAUACGUGAUGGAGCUGGAAAAAGUGAAGGAUCUCUAUAUCGACGCCCUCAUCAACCCCGAGCAUUUUGAUCUCGAGCGCGUGCUCCCGCCAGUGCGUCCACCCUCCGUCGCCUCGCCAGUCGAUGUGGACGAAUCGCAAUGCAGGUCCAAUGCGGCACUGUGGGAAGAUCCGUCAGCGGCGAUACCGACUCCCGCCGUCACCUCGAGCGCAGAACUUCCGAUCGCUGCUCGCUUCAUGUCAAAUGUAUCGGCAAGCAAUGCUGGCGGUAGCCUGACAGACGCAUCCUCAAAGAGCGUCCUAGCGCAAUGGGAUGCACACAAGGCAGCCGGCGCACAGAGCCCGUACUCGAUGGGUGUCAGCAACAUCAACGCUGCCGGUCAGCUUGCCACGCAUACCGGCCAAACGCGAAAGCGCUCUGAAGCUGCGUAUGGACUCGGCCUGGGUCUCGGUACGACAGCUACUCGCGACCGAAGCGCCCCGGCCUACAUGAACAUAUCCACGGCGAUCAAGGGCAAGGACAAGAUCUCGAGGGCGCAGAAGCUUCGCGGCCUCUCGUCCAAGGCUGGUGGCGAUGCGAACCCGCUUCGUCUGACGGUUCCGCUGCCUCCUUCGCUGCGUGAAGUGCUGGUCGCCAUGUCCGAGGGUCUUACCGAAGCGCACGGUCUCCUUUCGGAUGCGCUCAAGGCGAGAUACGAGGAGCAGUGGCCUUUGGUCCGCAGCUUGGCCGAUGUCUUCAUGAAACACUCGCACAUCCUCGAGCACUACGCCAGUUACGUUUGCCAUCUGCAGAGGGCGAUGGAGGAGCUGGAGGAGGCCGCCCUCAUGGAACGCGCGUUCCGAGGUAAGCGGCUCAAGAAGGAGCGUCUCAGCAACACUGUCGGCCUCGGACGAACCGUGGCAGCCCUCGAAGCGUGCGCCGCCGAGCAAGGCUACGCUGGGCUCUCCAUCUUUGCCUCGAUGCCAUUCCAGCGGCUGCUCAAGUAUCCUCUGCUCUUUCAGAAUCUGCUCUUCCACACGGACCCUUCAACACACGAAUUCGAAAGCACCGUUGGCAUGGUGGUUGAAGUUGAGCGGCUAGUGCGCUCCAUCGAAGACGAGAAGGUCACGGCCGAGGAGAGGGACAAGUCGCGCGAUGUCUUCGCCCGCAUCGACGGCAUCACUGACCGCGUCGUGCUUCGACCUCGACCCGAUCGCGUUCUCAUCGAAGAAUGCGCGUUGUACGACGAAAGUGCUCGGAGGACACUGUCCGAAUCGGCGCCCAAGGAUGGGCGUAGCGACGCCAACGCCUCUGACAGCGAGGGCGCGGAGAGCGGCAGCGAAGGCUCAGGCCUCCGCAGCGGACGAUGGGGCAACGCCAGCCAAUCAGGGCUGCGUGCGGCGCUGCGGAAUAAGCGAUCCUACCGCCGGCUUUCCGACUUCCUGUCGGCAGAACAGGGCGGCGGAGGAUCUUCGAAAGCGCCGACGAUGGGAAGCAAGAAGGACCUGUGGCUGGUGCGUUUUUCGGACGUCGAGAUCAAGUGCCAGCGCAUUGGCGUGACGGCUUUACCCAUGGUCAGCACCGCCGCGCUGCGCACUGCCGACGACGAUGCAGCCGCAAACGAGCUGAAUGACUUUGCGGCAAGGAGCAAGGACAGUCGGGAACGCCUGAAGGCCCUGCGUAGCACAACGCUGCGCGCCAAGACACGCAACCUGUAUCGCUUUAUCUCGGUGGUGGCUUGGCGCAACGCCGCAACACGGCAGAUGUCCGCCUCAAAGGACGGAGGCCUUGACGGGCUUCCGACGUCGCACGAAGUUGACGAAGAGUUCGACGAGGCAGGCGAAGACGAUGACGGCGCGAGUAUCAGCAGCGAUGGCGAAAGCAGCGCGACCAGCAGCGCUUCGUCGGACAGCAGCGAGGGUGUGGGUGGUCAGGCAGGGUCGGAGAAGUAUGUUCGUUCGACGAAACUGUCGUUCACGUACUGGGGCGAUCGCAUCGAGCCCGGUCGGGCACUUGCAGCUCCGCACACCGGAAGCAAGAAGGGAACCGCCUCCGCACAUGGCAGGGGCCUCGGCUCUGACAGACUGGGCGGACGUAGCGACGUUCAAGUGGCCGCAUCGUUGCACCGUGCCUCUCACAGCACCUCCGCUGCCUCUGCGGACUCGAGCGUUGGUGCAAGCUCAAGGUCGACCCAUGAAGUCGGGGCGGCUCGUGCUGAUGGCCGAACGGAUGGGCAAAGAGUGGCAAGGCAAGCUAGAUGGAGUAGCGUCAAUGGCGGCAGUAUGGCCACCGCCAGCGCUGCGCGACCUGGCGGCAGCCGAACCGGUGUUUCUGGCCGUCUGAGCGAGCCUCUCGCCGCGACCUCGAUGUCGACCGCGCCCGAACCAAUGCAAACGGCCGUGGCGCAAAUGCACGCGCGUCAGCGCAAUGACAAGUUCGGCGCACGCCUGCGCAGCUCACUGCCCUAUGGCGGCACGGGCUCCUCGGCGGCGGUCGGUGCGUCCACCGAGUCGGCGAGCUCUCACAUCUCGGUCAACAGCGCAUCUGAGGCACGUAAUCGCCCUACCAGCGCCACGGGUGGGCUCUGA